UCCAACUUGUGCCGGCACAAGCACGUAUAUAAGCAUGUGUUGAUGAGGAGGGUGCAACCGGACAAGCGGCGUCCGCACUUGAGAACCAAGUGGAUCCCCCGAACAGGUUCAGACGAGCCCAAUUGGAUUCGAAGCAACAUUUGGCCACCAGUCAAGCGAUUAGGGCGAUAAAGAAGAGUCGGGCGGACAAAAGGUCAAAAGAAAAAGAGAGACGCUAUAGAGGAGCAGCAUGUUUGGAAUGAUCAAGAAUUCACUCUUUGGAAACACCGAGGAGACAGAAUAUAAACUAUUAAGCACAGAGACCAAGGAUGGAGUAAGAUUUGAGGUACGGCGCUACGACGCCGCCAAAUACGCGGUGAUUUCCUCUGAGGGGCGCACUUACGACCAGGUGACAGGGGAGCUGGUGAGGAAGCUGCUGAUGUACAUCGGUGGAAGCAAUGAACAAGGUGAGGCCAUGGGUACAGCAGCACCCACCAUCAUCACCGUCUACCCUAGGAAUGACGGUGUUCUAUCCCGUCGUCUGGUGGUCGCCAUCCGCAUACCUACCAUCUACCAGCAAAGCCCCCCGACACCCACCGACAGUACCAUUAGGGUCGAGGAGCGGCCUGGCAUGACUGUCUACACACUGCAAUUUGGAGGUUUCGCAGGUGAGAGCGAGUUCCGCGCUGAGGCCUUGCGUCUGACACGCACUCUGGGCGAGACGGCGCCAUUCCAGCGCAAGCAAUACUUCUGCUGCAGCUACGACUCGCCAAUCAAACCUUACGGCCGCCGCAAUGAGGUGUGGUUCAUACAGGAAGAGCCGUAGCCAUUCUGAUAUCAAACCAUACUGACGGCUUCCAUGACACUUCCACAGCUCUAACUCUUGACUGGAGAAAAUAAGACAGUACUGUGACUUCCCAUAUUUUUCUUCUUUUUAUUAAACCCAUUCCUGACUAUUCAAUUAGGAACUGUAAAUAAAUCUGGAGGUUAAGCAAAAUAAUGGUCCUGAUGUAAUACUGAGUGAAUGGCACCAGAGCAUUCUAGCUCUUUGUAUUGUGGUCAUCAAAAGCUUUGUGAUUGUGAUUUUACAAAUCAUGUGCAAAACUUUUUCAUGUAGUUGUGCGAAAUAGAGUUUUAUUUACAUCCCUGAAAAUGUUAGUGAUACAUCUGUAGUGUGACUCUCUGUGACAAGAGUGACUACUGUAAGACUCAUCUUUCAGAAAUUAAUAAAUAUUUGGUUAAUGUAGUGUUAAUUUCAUCAUUUGUCACACUGGGAUA